GGGAACAUCAGAAAAGGAGUCAGGAGACCUUUCACGUUGUCUGCAUGCUUGACUCAGGGAUGAGCACAGGCAGAGUCAACGCAUACAGCAUAGUAUCCUCUGAGGAAGACGGGCUGAGGUUGACCACCAUGCCAGGAGUCAACGGCUUUGGGAACGGUAAGAUCCACACCAGGAGGAAAUGCCGGAAUAGGUUCGUGAAGAAGAAUGGCCAAUGCAAUGUCGAGUUCACCAACAUGGAUGACAAGCCUCAAAGAUACAUUGCUGACAUGUUCACGACAUGUGUCGACAUCCGCUGGAGGUACAUGUUGUUGCUUUUCUCCCUGGCCUUUCUGGUGUCCUGGUUAUUAUUUGGGCUGAUUUUCUGGCUCAUUGCACUUGUCCAUGGAGACCUAGAAAACCCAGCCGGGGAUGACAGCUUCAAGCCUUGUGUUCUUCAAGUGAACGGCUUUGUGGCUGCUUUUCUGUUCUCCAUUGAAACCCAAACGACGAUCGGCUAUGGAUUCCGCUGCGUGACAGAGGAGUGCCCGAUAGCCGUCUUCAUGGUGGUGGUGCAGUCCAUUGUGGGGUGUAUAAUCGACUCCUUCAUGAUUGGGGCAAUCAUGGCAAAGAUGGCCAGGCCCAAGAAAAGGGCCCAAACGUUACUUUUCAGCCAUAAUGCUGUUGUGGCCAUGAGAGAUGGGAAGCUCUGCCUGAUGUGGAGAGUUGGGAACCUUCGAAAAAGCCACAUUGUGGAAGCCCAUGUGAGAGCUCAGUUAAUUAAGCCUAGAAUCACCGAGGAGGGGGAAUAUAUCCCCCUCGAUCAAAUAGACAUUGACGUUGGGUUUGACAAAGGCUUGGACCGUAUUUUCUUGGUGUCGCCAAUCACUAUUCUUCAUGAGAUCAAUGAGGAAAGCCCGCUGUUUGGAAUUAGCCACCAGGACCUGGAAACAGAUGACUUUGAAAUUGUGGUGAUCCUUGAAGGGAUGGUAGAAGCCACAGCCAUGACGACACAAGCUCGGAGCUCCUACUUGGCCAGCGAGAUCCUGUGGGGCCACCGCUUUGAGCCCGUCCUGUUUGAGGAGAAAAACCAGUACAAAGUAGACUACUCACACUUCCACAAAACCUACGAGGUGCCGUCGACCCCGCGCUGCAGCGCUAAGGACUUGGUGGAGAACAAAUUCCUGCUCCCUAGCACCAACUCCUUCUGCUACGAGAAUGAGCUGGCCUUCAUGAGCCGUGAUGAGGAGGAGGAGGAGGAAGAGGACGAUGACAGCAGGGGUCUGGAUGACCUGAACCCAGACAACAGGCAUGAAUUUGACAGGCUUCAGGCCACAAUAGCACUGGAUCAGAGGUCAUAUAGAAGGGAGUCAGAAAUAUGACCCAGGGCCCCCCCACUAACUGAUCUGAGGUUAUUUUUCCUCUCAUCUCUUCCCCUACCACCUGCUCAAAUUAUGCAGAACAAUGCAAGUGCCAUAGGAAUGCUUGAGAAAUUAGUAUCGUUUGUAGUUUUAAGUUUCAUUGCAAUAACCACUGACCGGUCUGUGAUAGGAAACCACAGCAGGCCACAGAGUGUUUUGAACUUCCAGGGUUGAUAAAGCUAUUAGAAAAUGUACUGGAAGCAGAUUCAGUAUGGCGGCACAGAUAAGGGAGAACACCGGGGGCGGGAUCUGCAGGAGUACCUUCUUUGCACGCAGAGAGCUGGUGAUUUUGUUUUCUUUCACUCUGUGAAAAUGAAAGCAUUUCCCUGGAGCUGAGCUCUGCGAGGUUCAAAAGGAGGAAAUAUCAGGAAACAAAUCCUUUUGGUUGGUUUCGUUUUUUUUAACUGAACACAAACAUUAUAUAUAUUUCUGGCAGGAGAUGUGAUUCGGUUGCACAAGAACGACACUUGAAAACAUGUAAUGUAAAGUACUCCUUUUUCAAUUUGGGGGAAGGGAAACGAGGUUUGAAUUUGUCAACUUAGUGCCCGGGAGACUGUUUACCAAUAAUAAUAGUGUAAUAAUCAUACAUUCAAAAUGUGAUUCAAUAUAUUUGUAAAACAAAGAAGGCAAUGAAGAAGCUGCAUGAAUUGUUUUAGGGCUGACUCCCAGGGUGUUCGGCAGGCUGCCUCCUGGUUAUUGGCUGGCAACGCUUUGUAACCGGGUCGCAGCACUGAUGGGCAGAAGCCCAGUGGCAGCAAAAGCAAGGAGCACAAUUACUGGCAACGUAGCACAGGGAAUGCUAAACUCUGGGAUAAACAAACAAUUAAUAAUAGUAAUAAUUAAGAAUAAUAAUGAACACGCUGAUGGAAAUAUUUAUUUUUGGGGUGGGGCGGGAUUGAGCGUGUCCGCUGGGUUAUCAUUUUUGAGCACUGAUGUUUUGUUUUUUGCACCUUUGGCUAAAAUGAGCGGGAUUCUCGUUUGGGGUAAAUCAGCUUUGCUCCGUUGAGUAGCUAAGGAGCAAGCUUCUGUUCUGAGUCACUUGCAGUCAGUGGGGUUGCUACUGAGAAUGAAAAGUGGCCUCAUGGGCCAGCCUUUAAAUCAGGGGUGGCCAAUCUGAGCCUGAGAAAGGGCCAGGCUUUACCAAUGUACAUUGCCAAAGAGCCACAGUAAUAUGUCAGCAGCCCCCCACAUCAGCUCCCCCCUGCCACUCCCAGCGCCUCCUGCCCACCGGUAGCCCCGCCGAUCAGCACCUCUCUUUCCCUCCCCACACCUCCCGAUCAGCUGUUUCGUGGCAUGCAGGAGGCUCGGGGGGGGGGGGGGGGGGAGAGGAGCAAGGGCAGUGCAGGAUCGGGGGAGGGGGCGGGAAGGGGUGGAGUGGGGGCAGGGCCUGUGGCAGAGCCAGGGGUUGAGCAGUGAGCACCCCCCGGCACACUGGGAAGUUGGCGCCUGUCGCUCCAGCUCCGGAGUCGGUGCCUAUACAAGGAGCCGCAUAUUAACGUCUGAAGAGCCGCAUCUGGCUCUGGAGCCACAGGUUGGCCACCCCUGCUUUAAAUGGUGUAAAUGGAGCUGCCGUCUACUUAUUGACUUCAGAUUUACACUAGCUUUGGAUCUGCCUCCGUGUCUCCAGUGGGACCAUUCAGAAUGUUUAUUUUUUUAAGGAAUGGAAUGGAAGUUCUAGAAGUCAGGUAUUGCCCAUUUUCCCCAAAAGUCUGACCCUCCCUCCCCCCCCCAAACAAUUCCGUUGUUUUAAACGUGAAAACCUAUGUGCACUAUUUUUUUUGGUCCUUUUGCACAGAGCAAAAUUCACAAUGCGUUGGUUGCCCUCCCUUGUAUUAAUGUCUAUUCUAUUCUUGAGCGUGUUUGUAACUGAUGAAUUGGACACUGGACAGUGCUACGUGCAACGGCCAAAAAAGAGAACCAAUGAUUUCUCUGACUCAAACCUCAUCUACUCUCAAACCAGGGGUCCCAUGCCUUAGAGAUGCAAAAUUGUUCAGCUGUACACAGCUUUUCCCCAGCACCAGAAUCCCUGCUUUGAAUUGUUUCCUAGUCAAGCGCUCUCCCUCCAGCCUUACGGCAUGUCAUGUGUCACUCCAUAUGGGUUCAGCCAUGCAGCAAGAACACAGAACAGAUCACGGGCAAUAAACAGGGCCCACACUGCACACAUUACAGGCUAUUAUUGAUUGCCAGCUGCUUGUUAUUCCAAAAGGCACAAAAGAUCAUGCCUGUACUUGCGUGGGAGCUUUUGCUCCCAGAGGGAAAGGACAUCGGGCAUUUCCAGCACUGCGCAGAGAAAGGAUCCAUCUAAAAUCAGAAUAAAAUCAUUACCGGGCCAAUCAUUACCUGUGUCCCAGUGGCCUAAGAUUCACGUGGCCAGUUGUCACUUUCCUACAUACUGAACUUCCCAGUGACAGCUAGUGUAGAGUUCAGAAACUCCUGCUCUAAAAAUUCAGACUCCUCCCACUUCAACUAAAGGAGAAACUCUAGUAGCUAUUGGCAGUAUAGUGCCUAUGACACACAGUUGCAGAGCUUUUAUUCUAUCCAACAGAGGGCAGAGGUGGGUGCACAGACCCACUAGCCAAUUCAUUUGCUGUAGCAUCCAGAUCAGUGAAAGAGGGAAUGAAAGGGGGGGCCCUGAGAUGUGGUCAUCAGCCAAAUCAUUCAUUACCCACACUCAGCUCUCGUUAUCUUUCCAGGGCAUUGCAAACAGUAAUGAACAUAGCCUCCUCCAGUGCAUGUGAGGAGUUAAGUAUUGUCAUCCCCUGUGGCACAGAAAGGUUAAAGGACUUGCUUAAGGCCAUUGAGGGAGUUGGUGUCAGAGACAGGAUUAGUCCUGUGCUCAGAUCACCUGUCUCUCUUGCGAGAGCUCCCACCUUUUCCUCAGCAGACCUGCUUCUCAAGCCAGGGUGCUGCACGGGUCCUGCUGUACUGCUGCGUACAAAGCACUGGCUGGAAUGUGCAGCUUGGAUGGUAACAAUUAGCUGUAAAGAACGGGAGCGGUCACCAAAACAGAAGUUACUGCUCUGGGGAGUUUUCCUCCAAGUCAUCCUGGUACCAUUUCCAGCAUCCGUUAGCCUUUCCAGCAGUGACUGAAAGCUCCAUGCUGCUUACUCAAGGGGCUGCUUUAUUUUUGGCUUCCUAAAUGAUGUGCAGUCCUGCUCUGUGGAGGAAGGGGGGAGAAAGCAUCUGCUUCUCCUUGACAAAUGUCAGCACGGCUGUGACUAUUUUCGUCUGGCCUAAUGCAUGGGCCUCCUGAAUUCUAAUCCCAGCUCUGCAAAGGACUUGACAUGUGGCCUUGGAGAAGUCUCUUAAUAUGUCUCCCUCAUUCCACCUGUAAAAUCAGGGUGCUUCAGAGGGGUGAUUGGAAAGAUUAACUGUUUCAUGUGACUGUCGCCCAUGCUGCAGGGGUAGGGCUGCUAAUUUUGGUUGGACGUACUCCUGGAGGUUUCAUCACAUGACACAGUCUUUAAUUUAACAUGCAUCUUUAAUUCCUGGAGACUCCAGGACAGGACUGGAGGGUUGGCAACUGUUGCAAUGUCACUGAUGUCAUGGGAACUCUGCAUCAGUGUAUGCCAGUGCAGGAUGGGCAAUGUUUGUUCAGUGCCCUGAAAAUGUGCAGAGCUGAGAAUUUGUCCCCUGCGUAACUGGAGCAUAUGGUCACACAAUCAGAGAUGGGCAUGGCUGCGUAGAGACAUAGUCACACCCACCCUGCAAAGCCCCAUGCCAGAGGCAUAACUUUUUUGUGUUUCUAAGGCAGAAAAUGCAGAUGUGAUUCCCCCCCACCCCCCUUCCCUGCCCAGUUCCAGCUAAACCAUGACAAUUUCCUUUCUUUGAUUCGAGGGACAGUUUUGGUGCCUGCUUCUUGAGCAACAGAGGGGAUGGGGAGGGGGGAAGGAGGGAGGGCAAGGAUCUUUCUUGCGGGUAUUAUUUAUUUAUUUUUAUUUUUUCUAAAAUGCUUUUUUUUGGUGGCUUUAGGUUCUUUUGAGAAAGAUGCACAACUUUGCUGCUGUCAGGUUCCUUUCGUACUAUAUAUCACGGUAAAUAUUUGUAUAUAAAACUGAAAAGAGAGAAAAAAAUAGAGAUGUCUUUAAGUAAAUUAUUGCUUUUAAAAAAAAUAUUAUAUAAUUGUACAGUCCCACCUGGGAGAAUAGAAUAAUAUAUACAUACAUAUUUUUAAACUACUGCAUAGGAGGAUGUGAACGAGCUUGUGGAAAACCCAUGCAGCCCUAGUGAAUUGAAUUUCAAAGACUUUUCCUCACUCUUGUUCACACGCCCCCUAACCCGAACAUCUCGCUCAUGAAGAGCUAACUCCAGAGAGUAAUGUUAUAUAUAAUGUAUAGUUCGAGAGAUGGAAUGUGCUGUUACAUAAUGUAUAGAUAUUUUUUUCUGCCUACCUGUGAGUGCUAUAGCUGGUCAGUCUUUUUACAACUAUCAGGGAGCAAUAUAAGGAUGUCCCGACAGUUUCCUCUCGGCUAAUAGCGUUAUUGCAUCAGAACGCAAACAUUCAAAAAGAAAAUAAGCCAAACAAAGUCUGUGUAUUUGACAUUUGUAAAGAGGACCACCUCCCACCCGUCAAGAAGCUUGCGAUGCAGUGAGCAGGCUACAAAAGGCCACCCUGAGAGCGCUCUUCAUGCACAUUGUAUGUGUCGACAAGCCAGUCGCGCAAAAAGUGUUUUGCUCUUAAAAGGGGUGGCCCUGGGUAUGGGCUUGGGUGUGGCCAACCCAUUAAUGAACGGGGGUUUGCCUUUGAAAAGUGCGGCCUUCUGAGAGGGAUGUGACACCACGCUGAAGGGCUGGAGUGGAAUAGGUCAGGAGUCACUGGACGGAGUUACUCUGGAUGUACACGGGUACAACUAAAGCAGAAUUUGCCAUGUGAAGAGAUACUCUAUCAACUUCAGUCCUGGUGUCUUCAACCUGGAUUCCACACCAAUCUCAGCCCGACUCAGGGAUUUCCUGACAGGCCCAGCAAGAUGGGAUUCUCCAUGUGAUUGGACAAUGUUUGGUCCAAUCUCUGCCAAGCUCUUUGUGUUUCUUUGGUUGGUGUGUGGGAUUGUUUUGUUUGUUUGUGUUUAAUUUCCUGAGUUCAGGGACAAGUAGGAGACCUUCAUAGACCGACACCUUUCUGGAAAGGGCUUUUUGAGCUGAGCAGGUGAAGUGGUUGCUAGGCAGAACACCUGCCAGCCAUUUCCUUGAAGCUUAAAACCCUGGUUAUGUCUAGUUAACUCCCUGGUGUGAGUUCUUGGUCCUCAGAGAAUCUUUGACAUCAGAGAUGGAAAUGACCCACCAAGUCCUCUCUGCCAUCCCGUCUGUAUAUAAUAAACCCCCCUUAGUCAGGGCUCGAGCAAACUUACAUAAGUAACAGCUGCUUUGGAAAGGAAUCAAUUUGAUUGGCUGGCUGGGACCCUGGGCCAGAUCCUGCUCUCAUUUCCACUGGUGCAGCCCCAGGGAAGUCAAUCAGGUUGCACUAGUGAAAGCAGAAACUGGUCUCUAUCCUAAGAUCCCUGGUUCAAGAGAUAUUCCCUGCUUCCUCAAAUACAGCUAAACCCUGAGGCUUUGCAGAACAAUGGCUGCUCAGCCUGCAAUGGGGAAAUCGAAUCCCCAUCCCUCCCACCCAGGGGUUGGCAGAAGGUCUCCCUUCCCUCCUUGGAUAGUUUCCGGGUGACUCUUAGCCCAGCUCUUUCCAAAUGAUCGGGUAUACAGGAUAAUUCAGCUGUUGCUUGCAUACAGGGAAUGGAAACUGUUGUGAUCAGCCUUAGCUGCUUCUUAUUUAAUCUACUGCACUUAUUCUUUAGGGCUGGGACAAUCACUUACUUGUAACCAUUUGAGAUUCGGUGCCUGCUUGACCUUCAAACCUUUUGUAGGAGAUGAAUUCAAAGCCACCUUUUCUAUCUUUAAUAAGGCAGAACAAAUGUGUUUAUUUUUAAACUUUCCUGCUCUUUUCUUUUCACUUGUGCUGAAGACCAAAAGAGUCACUCCUCUUUUCCUUGCACUUCAAAAGGCAGGAGUGAGUCUAUAGAGCAUAUGUAAAAGAGAUAAGCCUAAAGCUGCACAUGUCUGAGCUGGAGCCACCUCUCAAACCCCUCGCAAUUCAGGGAUGCUGGGAUCUGGGGUGUGGCUUGUCCGGUUGUAGAAUUAAAGCUCAGCCUUGAAAUGUGGAUUUGGGUUUGGAUCUAGAGAACCCCAAACUCUCAAAAAUGUCAGGUGUAUUUCGAUCUGGAUAUUCGUUUUAGGCCCAUCUUCUAAUAGCUACGAUUAGUGCAGAAUCCUCUUCGAGUCCCCUGUUCAGCAAAGCACUUUAGCAUGUGCUUAAAGUUUGGUGCAUGCUUAAGUGCAUUGCUUAAUCCUGUGGGUGUGCUAUGGGUGAAUCAGAGCCAUAGGGCCAACUCCUGGAGCCCUUAUUCAUGCCUUCUCAAACUGACAUCAAUGGGAGCGUUGCCUGAGUAAGGAACAUCCUGAUUUGGUCCAUUGUGAACCAUUUUCCUCCAAAGAGCUCAAUUGGCAGAUGGUGAUGCAGAGAGAAUUUGUUGAAUUUCAUGUUCUUCUGUUCUGAAAAGAGCUUCAUUGUCUUUGACUUUGCUGUUUCUCUGCUCCACCCUCCGUGUGCCUGUGUGUGUGUACACUGAAAAGCCAAGCAGACGUUUUCUCCAGACCUCACUGCCUUUGGCUGGUGCUUUAAUGGUCCCAAGUUGACAAUGGAAUCUGGAACUGAUUCUCCAGUGCCCUGAUUCACGACUGAGCCUUGUGGAGUCACUCUCACUAGUACAAAGUGAGUGAACAGUCCCACCAUUCUGACCUGGAUGCAUUUGAUGCUCACUUUGCACUGGGGUCGGGACUUGUCUAGACGGUGUGGCCAUGUGCACUUAGAGAGAUCUGAAUUGUAAAUUGCACCAAUGUGUUAUGCACUAACUGGCCCGCGUGGACCCUGCUGACAUGCGGUAAAUGUUCCCUAAGGCAUGUUAACAUUGUACAGUUUCAACAGUACGACGUUAAUGCGAACUUUCAGUGCACACCAACAGAGUCAACAUAGGCCAGUUAGUGUGCAACAUGGCGUUCUUUAGAAUUCACACCUCUCUAGUGAGCAUUGCUGUGCCGUGUAGACAAGGUGCCAGGCGCUGGAGAAUCGGAUACUGUAUCCUCAGGCAGGUCAGCUGCCAGAGAGCAUUUGCUUCCUGGAGAAUAAAAAUUACGUGGUGACGGAAUCAUUCUUGGAGGAUUGUUUUUAUAUAUAGUGGUUAGAGACGUUGCCAGGCCUUCUGGGUAUAUCUGUAUCAUUUCCACCAGCACUGUUUGUUCUGUGUUUCAUGGCACAUAUAUCUGGGAUAUAUGUGACAAUAUACCUAUGUAAGUAAAAUGUAUUUCAUGUGACAAAACUGGCCAAUUUUCCUGUUCUUUUAAAUAUAUAUAAAUAUAAAAGUAUCCAAAAGAUAUAAAUAGCAUAGAGAAAAUAAUCUAAAUAUAUAAUAAAAGUAUUUUGAUCUAUUUAAAAUAUGGUGUAUAUUUCAAAGAUCAUAAAAAUUGUCUGGUUGUAUCGUAUUUUAAAUAUAUUUUAUUACCUUGUUACUUGUCAUAUAUAUUAUUUAAAUGCUCAGCAAACUUGGUCAGACAUUGAGCAAAAAUCUGGGCAAGCUGUGCUGAUCAGUAGGACUUUAACAUGAAGAGCAUCAAGUCAGUAAGAGCAAAGAAGGAAGAAAAUCUCUUAACCCCUUCAUGGCUAGGUUUCCCUGCAUCCGCUCUGUAGUAGUAGAAAGCCCAAUGAUUGUUUGAAGCACUGAUCUCUCAGUGUAAAGUUGGCAUUCAGAGGUGAUGGAUCUGGUACAUGGGGGAGCAGCUAAGUGGUUAAAAGGGACUUGCUUGUGCUAACAAAACAGAAAUUCCCCAUGAGCUGAACAGAUCUAUCCACUUGCUGGCUUGAUUGAGAUAGCAAAGUUUCAAGUAGCUGGGUUUGGGGUGGGGAGGAGCAUUGUCAAGCUUCGAGGACAGGAAGUUGAUGAAAUAUUUUGGGGGGCGUGACGUUCUAAGUUUUUAAAGCUUUUUAGGAGACUAUUAAAAUGGGACAUUGCUUAAGAGAUCUUUAGAGCCGCAGGGCCCGCUUAUGAUCUCAUUUACACUGGUGUAAAUCAGGAGCAACUCAAUUGACAUCAAUGAGGUUACGCCAUUGUAGAAGUGAGAUCAGCAUCGGGCCCUACAAAACAACAGGGAAAGGAGUUUCAGCCAACUUUGCUUUCCAUCUUGCUGGGAGGUUAAAAAUCUCCCUCACUUUCAGCAGACACGGGGAAGGGGUCACAGGAAGAAUCAGUAGGGCGGAGAAGGGCGGAGCACAAUGCCAACAAAGAGACACUACUGAAACACACAGAAGAGAACCUACAAUAGACUGGGUCUCGUACUAAGAGGAAAAGGUGUGGAAGCAGAGAGGAAACUGGGAAAUGUGUAUUGAGCCAGGACAAAAAUAUCCCAGCUGGGAGGAUGGCUGAGUCCAAAUCACUAUCCAAAAGUUUCUCCAGAGCAACAAUAUUCGUUGUCCCACAUGGCAGAAUCAAGGGACCAUUUGUCUGAAGUGUCCUUGAAUUCCAGUGGGAGCUGUUUUCAAAGUGCACUUCUUCCAUGAAAGGAUGUUACAUAACACAGGGUAUAGACUUGAGCUCACAUGGCAGCUCUCAAGAUCUUUUAGCAACAGAAGAGAAAUAUGCUAGAAAGUAAAUAAUACAUAGAGAUUUAUUACAUUGUGGACUCGACACUGGGUCAGCCCUUCUGGGUUUUCCUCUUAACUCUUCUACAUGAGUUUUUUGGGACCGGAGGGCACAGGGGUUGCUGAUCUGAUCUGGAGCCUUUGCCAAAUAGGUCAGAAGUCUGAAUCCAGGCCAGGUUAGUAGCGUCCAAAAGUCGACAUACUUAGAUAGCUGCUUGUUUGGUAGCCUGGUGAUUUCAAUCCAGUUCCUUAGUAGAGAGCUCUCAGCAUCACAGAAAUCAUGGCCAACAGCUGGCUCUAAUCAGCAACCUUUUGAUCACCUCAACAGCAAGACCAAGAACACAAACGAUUCAAGGGCUGGAGAAAAUGCCUUGCAGUGAGAGAUGUAAAUCGCUCAAACUGUUUCGCUUAUUAAAAAGAAGAUUGAGAGGUGACUUGAUUGCAGUCUUUAACUAACUUCCUAGGGAGCAAAUACUGGGUACUAAAAGGUUCUUUAAUUUAGCAGAAAAAAGCAUUCUGAGAACCAAUGGCUGGAAGCUGAAGCCAGACGCAUUCAGAUUAGAAAUUAGGCACAAAUUUUUAACAGUGAGGCUGAGUAGCCACUGGAACAAACUGCCAAGGGAAGUGGUGGAUUCCCCAUCUCUUGACGUCUUUAGAUCAAGACGGGAUGCCUUUCUGGAAGAGUCGCUUUUGCCAAAGACAAGCUCAGUACAUGGGUAACUGAGUGAAAUGUAGUGAUAGCCUGUGAUAGCCAGGAGGUCAGACUAGAUCAGAGGUGGGCAAACUACCACCCGUGGGCCACAUUUGGCCCACAGGUCCUUCCUGCCCGGCCCCUGAGCUCCUGGCCCAGGAGGCUCGCCCCCGGCCCCUCCCCCACUGUUCUCCCUCGCCUGCAGCCUCAGCAUGCCGAGCCACCAGCGUAAUGCCCUGGGUGGCCGGGCAGUGCGGUAAGGAGCAGGGAGCAGAGGGGGUUGGAUGGAGGGUAGGGGAGUUGGGGGUGGUGGUCAGAGGGCAGGGGUGUGGAUAGGAGUCGGGGCAGUCAGAGGGCGGGAAACAGGGGGGUUGGAUGGGGCAGGGGUACCUGGGGGCAAGUCAGGAAUGAGAUGGGGGGUUGGAUGAGGCGGCGGGGGGCAGUCAGGGGUGGGGGAUCCGGGGCGGUCAGGGGACAUUGAGCAGGGGGUGGUGGAUGGGGUAGGAGUCCGGGGGGAGCCAUCAGGGGGCGAGAAGCAAGGGGGUCAGAUAGGAGGCGGGGGCCAGGCCACACCUAGCUGUUUGGGGAGACACAGCCUCCCCUAACCAACCCUCCCUACAAUUUUGGAAACCCAAUGUGGCCCUCAGCCCAAAAAGUUCACCCACCCCUGGACUAGAUGAUCUAAUGGUCACUUUGGGCUUUAAACUCUGUGAAUGAAUCUAUGUCAACGAAACGGCUGCGGCCUCGUGCAGAACUGCCAGUGCUGUUCCUGUGUUGUGGAUAAACAGAGAACUUCAGCCUCGGCUCCAGCACCCUUCAACAAAGCAAACAUCCACUCCAAGAGCUCUGGGGCCAGCCCUCUGAGUGUUUGCUUUUCUAUUUAAUCGUAAUAAAUAUCAAAGUCGCUUGCACUAUACAACCAUAACUCCAAAUAAAUCAGCACCUGUCUUAAUAGCACAGAAGCCAGGAAAGCCCCAGAGGAAGCUCACACUUUGGACCCCACUCGUCCCCUUGCAUCUGGUUGGAGCAGGUGUCUCCGUGGCAUGGGGGCGACCUACCUAUUGAAGCAAAUGUGCUGCAAACACAUGCUCUGCAUUUCACUUUAACUCUACAUUUCUGGGUCCUGGUGGGUUAAACCUGGACCCCAUUUUCCAAGGCAGAUGCACCAGUCAAAAGAUGAAUAUGCCUAUAGCAGCUGCAAAAGUUGGGUAACUGCACAUCUAGUCACAGGUCUGGACUUCGAGCAGACAGGGAAGUUAAUUUAACGGGAGAGGCACCUGAUCUGCAUGUUCAAUUGCAAGUUUCCACAGCAGCUGGGGGUGUGCAUCUGGCACCUGGGUUGUUGUGGGAGUGGCAGGUUCAUGCAUAUCUUUUGCAGCCACAUCCACUGAGUCCUUGUUUGGUUCUUUUUUGUUUUCCCAGUACAGAUGUUAGUGGGUAUGCCUGGGAGGCUAGAUGGCUUAUAUCAGAGAACAUGGGUGAAAGGAAGAGAUUGAGCCUUUGAAGAAGGAUGGGGUCCUUGUUCUGUAGGAGACAACCUGUACCCCCUAUUGUCACUCAUGAGUCAGUAGACAAAAAGAACUUCUAUUACCACAUCCAACUUGCCAGGCACCAUGGCCCCAGCAAAUAAAUUAAAUGCCUAUUAGCUGGUAUAAAUGUUGUGGUUUCUUAAAUAAGCUAAUAGGAAACAUCUGUGUUCAAUCCAGUGAACCCUCAAGAAGUUUUGAGGGUUAAGAAUCUAAUUACAUUGCUGAUCAAAUUCUGAAUGAAUGUUACACGGCAGGCAGAGGCAUUUGGGGCAAUUUAUUACACCACCAGAAAACCUUUUUAACAAUCAAGGCUUGUUUGGCUGCUUAAACACUGACUAGGCAGAGAAGUUGUAUCCAUUUUCUAUUAAUCACCACCCUGCCCAAGUGCCUUCCCACCUAGAUCACAGCCCGGCUUCAAGUAAGUGUCUAGUGCUAUUUAUUCACGCACCACUGUUGGUACACAUAGAACAAAGGACCCAGGGGCCUGAUCCAGAGAUGGGGAGUCUUUCCAUCGUCUUCUGUGGGUUUUGGCUUCCAUCCCCAGUGAGUUUCUGACAGGCCAGAGUUUGGAUCAAUAUUGUUGUUGAUAGCAGGGCUGUCAGGCAGGCAGCCAUUACUUGCUAAUGUAUUGUAACUUCAGUUGAAUUUUUUUCAAGCCGUUCAGUCCCUGGAGAUUCUGUUUUUCCCAGGACAGAAGGGUUAUGCCCAGUGACAGAUACUCAUGUGAAGCCAGGAACACACCUUAGCAUCAGUCCUGACAUCCCAAGGACAUGCUGCUAAGGUAUGGUGCUAGGUUUACACCAGGGUCUAGCAUGGGAAGGGUUAAACUGCAGCUUCUUUUGGCAUGCACUGUCUCAUCCCCAAUUUGCUAAAAGCCUGAGGAGGCGGAAGUGGCUGUGUUUAAAGUGAACAGGCUGACCAAAGAGAGCUCAGUGUUUUACGGUGAACUGCAGGGCAGGAUGGCAGAGUCCAGCAACAAGGGGAGAAGAUCUUUUGCUUCAAUCUGUGUUUUCGUAACUGUGUUGUCUUCCUGUGGGAAUUAUCAUUAGAGCCAGUACUGGGGCUCUUGGAGUUAAUGCACCAGCCAAAGUCACCCAGGAAAUGCCCCCUACUAGACCAAGGUCACCGGUGGGGUGGAGUGGGGGGAAUCUUUAUGGAAGGAACUCCACCAGGGAAAUCCACAACUGAAUUCCCACCACCAGUCCUCACAGAAGGGAAGCUGGGGUUGGAGCUGAUGCAAAAGCCAGACGCUUCUCUCAGUCACUCCGGUGUAAAUCUGGAGUGACUUCAUUGACAUGUGUGGCAAUUCUUCUGGAUGCACCAGUGUGUGGUUGAGACAAGAAUCUGGCCUAACCAGCAGGCACACACAAUAGUGCGAUAUGAUCAACAGCAUUUCUGUGACCAAAGUGUCCUGAGCUAAAUAACAAUAAUAUAAUUAGUAACGUUGCACUUUGGGGGGUGGGGGGGAGUCAGGAGGGCAGGGAAGGAGGUUUAUUAAAUUUCUCCCUGUCUUGAGAUUGGCUCCUUUGUCCAGCCUGGAGACGGGUUGAAGGUUGCUUGUUUACUGGGCACAGCUGUUUCAAAGAGAACACAAACCAGAGCUUUCCUUUUUGCCCCAAUCCUAUUUGUUUAUGUCUUUGCAAUGCCUUCUGGGAAGGCCUGAACAACCUGUUGCGUGAGGAUCUUUGUAUCUACCCUAGGGUAUGGUACCUCUGGGAUGUUCAAGGCAUGUCUCACAUGAGGUAACCAUAGCAAUGCAUCAUCAGCUUCUCUCUGCUUCUGUCAAUUUUGUUUUGCAUCUUGUAUUAAGAUGGCACCUCUCUGUCUUUCUUUUUCUCUCUCGCUCUCCUCUCCUUCUUCCUGCACGACCAAAGGCAAGAAAAACAGCCGGGGCCUGAGUUUCCAUUUCCUUACACUAGUUUUACCCUGGCAUAACUCUUCUCCUACUCCAGAUUUUCCCUGGUGUAUUUAAGAGGCAAAUCAGGCAAUUGGAGUCCUUUACCAUGAUAAUAUAAACCUGGCUGCUUUAAUUUCUCCAUCCCACCUUAAGAAGCACUUAAGUAUGCUAGGACAUAAUUAAGGGUUUCCCUUACAUUUGUUGCUAACAGGUCACUGUCAGGGUAAAAAUCUUCAAUAUGAUUUUUCCUUGAAAAUGUCCCUUAUCGCUAUUAGUAAUAACCCUCUGCACUAUUCAAAUAGAAAGAGUUUUAAACAUCUAAUUUAAUUCCCACCCUUUAAGUUCUUUGUUCGAUGCUCACAUUUAAUUUAGCUUGGAUAGAGAAAACAGAUGAGUCAGUUUCACUUUGUUCCUUGUCAGUUUUUAGUCAAUUUUGCUGACAGUUCUCCAGGAAUCAGCAAAAGGCUGCAAGGUUUGGGUCUGGUGCACUGAAGGGAGAGUGUUUCUUUGUCUAAGAAAAUCUGUCUCCACCCCAAUAACUUUUUUUAAAAAAAAUGCAAUGGAAAUAUUUCUACUGGUCUUUAAGUAAAAAUUAAAUUUGGGCCAAAUUUGCCCUGCCAGUACCCCUUUCAAGAGAAGAUCAGUGAAACAGUAGCCAAUGGAUUAUCAUGGAGGAUAAUUCCUGUGUCACUUGCAAGUUGCCAUCCCCUACUCCACAAAGUGGACUCGAUGCCCUUUAGGGUUUUUAGUUUUUCCUUUUAGAAAGGGAAGAAUAUAAACGGACAAGUUAGUUAUGUUGGUAAAUUAAUGUCUGUGCACAGACAGCUGUUUUCUCCUCGUCUUUUUCUGAAGGGGCAUAUCUGCAUUUGCAGUGCCUGUUUAGCACUUUCGGAGCAACUUUCAUCUUCAAAGCACUUUACAAACAGCAACUAAUAACUCCUCACAACAUGCCUGUGGGGUCGACAAGUAGCCCCCAUUUUACAGAGGAGGGAAACUGAGGCAGGGGGAAGUAAUUUGCACAAGGGGGCAUGAGUGUCAGAGCUGGGACUUGAACUCAGGGGUUCCUGGCUCCCUUGUGUGUUAACCACUAGAUUGUGUUGCGGCGUAAUGAAAGAAAUAUGACACCAAAGAUGGGGUUCCAGGAUAAGACCAGAAGAGCAGAAUGCAAAGGCUGGGUUUUUUUUUAAAACAAACUGUUUAUAAAGAGAAAAGCAUUUCUACUUUGUAACUGUCCUGUCCAUUGGGGUCCUUGGCUGGCUCAGUUCUUGCAGACUGCUAUAUAGCACUAUUUGGGUAAUACAGUUUUUGAGGGGGGGAGUGGGAGGUUGGUAUGGAGGUCCUGAAAAUUAGAAAAGUGGAAACCUUUUCAGUGUUUGACUUCAGUUGCCUUGUGGCUGAGGUUGCUCUGAGGCACUUUUUGCCACCGGUUGUAUUAGAAGAAGCAAGACAUUAAAACUUGCUUUGUAUUGGAUUCUGAGCCACUCCUUUACCAAGGUGACAGGGGAAGGGAAUGGCAUCACUUGCACACAUCCCAAGUCUCAGUAGCCCCAAAAGCCAUAUGCUUCCAGAUUGUCCAGCAGUCCAUACCCAGCAACAUGUGGCUUUUCAUUUCAUUUUCCCCUCAUUACGCCUGUCCUUUAAAACAUCUUUUCACCGCCCAGAUUCUGCACUUAGCCCCCACUCUUUAUCCCGUUCUGCCUGCUGGCCCUGGGCCCAGGGAAGGGCAAAUGGAGCGAUGAGUCUCCAAACCUUGUGGUGGGGGGAGCCUCUGGGAAAGUGCUGUGGUUGUGCGUCUUUGGUGCGAGGUGUGUUUUGUGGGCCUUAAACCCUGCUCCGCACCUUUUCCUCUUCCGUGGGUCGCUGACUGCUGAGAUCUGCCAGCAACUCUUGCAGCUGAGUUUUCCCGUGUUCUUAGAGCCAUCCGGGAAGCCGGCAGCCUUCUGUUUAUAGAGACACCCUCCUGAUACAUGGGCCCUGAAAGGACAUUCAGUUAUAAUACGGUUCACAUAAUAUCAUAAAAUUACCCCUGGCCCCGCCCUUCAGUUAUUAUUCUUCGUUUUAGUGUUUCAUUGUUUUAGGGAGGAAGGGGGGCCUCUUCACAUCUGCAGGCCGAUGGUGGGGCCGUCCUCCAGGCAUGCCCCCUCCCCCCGUGACUGUGGCACUCAGACCUUAGUUGCGUUCACACACAGUCCCCCUCAGCCCCGACCCACCAGAGCCUUCCUCCCUGUGUGCGCUGUCUCAUGAACCCCCUCCCACUUCGUUGGUUCACAGUGUCCACCAGCACAGAAGUUUGUGGUUGUACCAGAGAAAACGGAUGUUUAUUUCUCUUAAAGGGAUGAUUGGUUGACCUUUGACCUCUGUAGAAGUCUUCCUCUUUUGCCCAGUUUACGACUUACAUGUAAACACAAAGAUGAUCCUUGUUUUUUGGGAAGUUUUAUUUUAAUGCUAUGGAGAUUUAAUAAAUAAAAACAAUUCUA